AAAAAAAAAAAAAACUUGGAAACUCCCACAUCAUCUUAAUUUGCAUUAUUAGCUGUCAAAUGGUCCCCCAAAGUCAACACAAAUAUCACCUUCCCCUCUUAUUCACUUGCCACACGUACGCAUCUUUUUCCUUCCGCUGCAUUAUAUAUAAAGGCCCUUCCAUCCAAUUCAUGCACACCACAAACUCUUAAAGCCAUCAAUUCAGCUCUAAAUUUCCCCCACACACAAAAAACAUAGUAGAGAAAGAGAUAUUUAUCAAACCAUCAAUCAUCACAUAAGAUGAAGAAAUAUAUUGUGCUCUUAGCACUAAUAAGCUUUGCUGCCACUGCUACUGGCAGCAAUUUUAACCAAGAUUUCGACAUAACCUGGGGAGACGGACGUGCAAAAAUAUUAAACAACGGGAAGCUUCUCACGCUGUCCUUAGACAAGACCUCUGGUUCGGGUUUUAGAUCAAAGAAGCAGUAUAUGUUCGGGAAAAUCGACCUGCAGAUAAAGCUCGUCCCUGGAAAUUCUGCUGGCACAGUUACUACCUAUUAUUUAUCUUCGUUGGGACCGAAUCACGAUGAGAUCGACUUUGAGUUUCUCGGGAAUCUAAGCGGGCAACCGUACACACUCCACACAAAUGUAUUCGCACAGGGAAAAGGCGGUCGAGAACAACAGUUUCGUUUGUGGUUUGAUCCAACAAAGGAUUUUCACACAUACUCCAUCUUAUGGAACCCUCAGAGCAUCAUAUUCUCAGUAGACGGUACUCCCAUCAGACAAUUCAAGAACCUUGAGUCGAAAGGCGUACCUUACCCAAAGAGCCAGCCCAUGUGGGUAUACUCUAGCCUUUGGAACGCGGACGAUUGGGCCACGAGAGGUGGGCUCGUGAAGACUGAUUGGAGCCAGGCCCCUUUCACGGCCUCAUACACAAAUUUUAAUGCAUUGGCCUGUUCAGGUGCCACCAGUUCUUGCUCACAAAAUUCGUCGGCCAAUUCUUGCCACAUUCAUGCACACCACAAAAACAUCAAUUCAGCUAUGAUGAAGAUACACAUUGUGUUGUUUGCUCUAUUAAGCUUUGUUACCUCUGCUUUUGGAGGAAAUUUUUACGAGGAUUUCGACAUCACAUGGGGAGAUGCACGUGCGAAAAUAUUAGACAACGGUAAGCUUCUCACAUUGUCUUUAGACCGAGACUCCGGUUCUGGUUUUAGGUCCAAAAGGCAAUAUAUGUUUGGGAAAAUCGACUUUCAGAUAAAGCUCAUCCCUGGUAAUUCUGCAGGCACCGUCACUACCUAUUAUUUAUCUUCCUUAGGGUCGACCCACGACGAGAUCGACUUUGAAUUUCUUGGGAAUCUAAGCGGGCAACCGUACAUUCUCCACACGAAUGUAUUCACGCAAGGCAAUGGCGGCCGAGAACAACAGUUUCAUUUGUGGUUUGAUCCUACAAAGGAUUUCCACACCUAUUCCAUCCUAUGGAACCCUCAAACCAUCAUAUUCUCAGUAGACGGUAUUCCCAUUAGACAAUUCAAGAACCUUGAGUCCAAAGGUGUACCUUACCCUAAGAACCAGCCCAUGUGGAUAUACUCGAGCCUUUGGAAUGCGGACGAUUGGGCCACAAGAGGUGGGCUCGUGAAGACUGAUUGGAGCCAAGCCCCUUUCACGGCCUCGUUCACACACUUCAGUGCAUUGGCCUGUGCAAAUGCCACAGGUUCUUGCUCCCAAAAUUCGUCGGCUGAUUCUUGGUUUUCACAGUCACUGGAUUCAAGUGGACAGGGGACAAUAAAAUGGGUGCAAAAGAACUACAUGAUUUACAACUAUUGCACGGAUUACAAGCGCUUUCCGCAAGGGUUCCCAUUCGAAUGCUCCGUUGCAUGAUACAGAAUUUCGAAGCACUUCCAAGUUUUAAACCAAUAUGUAAAAUUUUACUUUGUUUUAUUCUUUAUGAACGUGUUUAGUAAUAACUGGGAUGUUUGUUGUGAAUUUUUAUUUCAAUGUUCAAAUGUUG